GGAUGGUUGAUUAAUAUUAUUUAUUUUAGAGAUGAAAGCUACCAUUGCAAUCCUUUUAUUGGUGAGCAUUGCCUCAGCAACUUCAACUCAUGAUUAAAUUAUGGCAUUACUUCAAACAGGAACAAAAGCUAUGGAUGCAAUUGACACAGUCUUUGGUUUGUUGAAUGACCUGAUUCAAUCAAAUAAGGAUGCUCAAUUUGCAGCUGAUUAAAAGAAUGAAACAGAUGAAUGGGUUGGUGCACAAACUAUUGAACAAUUCACUAAGAUCAAGUCCUUGAACUAAAAGCUUUUCUAAUAAUCAAUCGAAAACAGAGCCUAAUUUGAAUAAGAACUCUCAGACACAAAGAAUUAUUUGGCAUGGAACGAAUAAAGAUAAGAUGAAAUUGCAAGAAAGAUUUAAGUCUUAUUAGAUGAAUAGUGUUUGAGCAAUUAACUUUUUGUCAGAUCAAUCAAAUAAAACAGAGAAGCUCUUGAAGUAGUCAGAGUCCUUAAAUAAGACGUUGCUGGUUACAUCAUUAAUGGAGAUUCAUUCGAACUCCUCUAAGAAAAAGCCACAAGUGUUGCUGAAAAAUUGAAGGCCUAUAGCAACCUCUUCAACGAAAACGAAGUCAAAUCCUUCCUCAGUUUAGCCUCUAAAUAAGAAGAUGGAUCUGUUAGCAGAGGUGCCACUUUAGCCGAAAAAGUCUUGGCAGUUUUGGAAUCCCUUGAAGCCAAUCUCUAAGCUUCUCUCGAGGCUUUGGAAGUCAAUGAAAUCAAUGCCUCAUGGGAAUUAGCUGGAUGGGUCUCUUUGAGUGAGGCAGAGGUUGCCAAUUUGAAGGUGGAAUACGAGAGAAAAUAAGUCUAUGCUGACAGACUUGCUACUUAAAUUCAAGCUGCUUUAGCCUAAUAAGCAAAGUCUAAGAUUAUACUCUAAGAAUCAUAAGACGCUCUCGAUUAAGCCCAAUCUGAUUUGGAAAACAAGAGAGCUGACUAUGCUGAAGCCAAAGCUAAAAGAGAUGAAGAGAAUGCCAUCUUAGAAUAAGUCAUAAUCAUUUUCAAGAAAUAAGUUGCUUCUUGGUCUGGAAGAUGAUUAAUAUAUUGAAAAACUAUAAAACAAAUCAAAUUAUCUGUUAAUAUAUAAAAA